UGCUUCAACAAAGUACUGAGUAUACUGAAUACUUAUGUAAAUGUGAUAUUUCCAUUUAUUUGUAAUCAAUUCGCUAAAAUGUCUAAAAAAACUGUUUUUGCUUUUUUUAUUAUGGGGUAUUGUGAUGUCACUAUGGGGUAUUGUGAUGUCAUUAUGUGGUAUUGUGAUGUCAUUAUGGGUUAUUGCGUGUAGAUUGAUGAGGGGAAAAAAGGAUUUAAUUCAUUUUAGAACAAGGCUGUAACGUAACAAUGUGGAAAAGACGAGGGUUCUGAAUAAUUUCUGAAUGUAUAUAGGAGGUUGGAGCAGGGGGCUGCCAUACUAUGACUCCUGUGAAACAGUUGUUGUGGGGGGUUAAGGGCAGGACAGCAGGUAUGGCAUCUCGGAUUUGAUAGCAGCAACCACUCACUUCUUGGGAUUGGAACCCUCCGUUUGCCUCUUAAACGCUAGGCUACCUACCGCCUGUUGAUGGGCAGUAUUGUAGAAAAUAAGGCACUGGACCACAGCCAUAUAUACUGAACAAAAAUAUAAAUGCAGUGUUGUUUCAUGCACUGAAAUAAAAUAUCACAAAUGUUCCAUAUGCACAAAAAGCUUAUUUCUCCCUGUUACAUCCCUGUUAGUGAGCAUUUCUCCUUUGUCAAUAUAAUCCACCCACCUGACAGGUGUGGCAUAUCAAGAAGCUGAAUAAAACAGCACGAUCAUUACACAGGUGCACCUUAUGCCAGGGACAAAAAGGCCACUUUAAAAUAUGCAGUUUUGUCACACAAAAACAAUGCCACAGAUGUCUCAAAUUUUGCCAGAUAAUUAAAAGUUAAGCUGCCUCCAACGUUGUUUUUAGAGAUUAUGGCAAUGAGUGCAACCGGCCUCAGAACAGGCAGACCAUGUGUAACCAUGCCAGCCCCGGACCUCCCUGUGGGAAACAGCUGCAUAUAAACAGCUGCAUAUUUUCAAGAUAUCAUAGUGUCCACUACAAACAGGAAAACAAUAGGCCUAUAGCAAAUGCAACACAUCAUUUUUCACAUGUAAAUAGCACUUUUCAGUAGUGCUCAAAGCAUGUCAUUCCAUGAGGGAAGCAUUUUCUUUUUCAACUCGAAUAAAUGUAAUCAGAUUACGUUAUUGAGUUUGGGUAAUCCAAAAGUUACACUACUGAUUACAAUUUUGGACAGGUAACUAGUAACUGUAACGGAUUACAUUUAGAAAGGAACCCACCCAACCCUGAGCAUACGGUAUAGAUAAUAUCCACAAAGAGAGAAAAACAGACCACAGAAAUAACGCCUUCAGUCAGAAGAAUAAAAAGACAAUGUUAACAACACUCUUAGGAAAGGAAAGUAACCCCAGACCAUUCAUAUUGUGGGUCUCAGAUAAAUACAUAUACUGUACCAUGGACUUAAAGUUGUAAAAUAUGUAAAUAAAGUUUGAUUUGAUUUGAAUGAUGACAUAAUGAUCAAACCUUACAGAGUAUUGUAGGAAAUUCACAGUUCUGCUGUUCAAAGUCUGUUGAAUUUUUCCCUUCAUUAGAAACAGCAAUAUCUGGUCAUUUGAUUUAGGUCAGGCUGAUGUAAUUGAUACAUGAAAUGUAAAACAAUUCCAGAAAAGGUAUCCUUGCAUUUAUCCAAGAGUAUUUCUCAUAAAUUCUGACCUAAUGCUGCUCAUUCAUCAUGUUGAUUUAAUUUUGUAUGGAGUAAUAAUGAACUGUUGACUCCUGAGGAAGAAUAGAUUCUCCCAGAUCAUCCUAUACUUAUGAUAACCACUAUUUGUCUACAUGGAGUCGUCGUUCUCCUUUACUACUGGGCUGCCUUGCACAGUAAAUUCCCAUUCAGCUGGCGGCGCUGUUGUGUUUCUGGGUUCGUCACCAACUAGAACGUCCCAAGAUUCCUUGACUAGAACACGGAAGUAGGAUUGGUAACGAGUUUUUAUUGUUCCUUGUGUGCAGUAAAGAAAGACAUACUUACUAAACUAAAUAGGCUACCCAUCUCUAAUCUUAUUAAAAUGUCUAAACUACAGAUGUUGUGUGUGUUUUUAAAUGAGCGUUUAUCCGCGGCUGCUGUGGAUAUUUUCGGGGCAGUUGAGAAAACGGUAGGAGAGUACCAGGAGGAGAAUGAUCGGCUACGGAGACUGCUGCGGAGGACACCAGAGAUACAACUAUCUAGAAUAGAAUCCCUGCAGCCCUCUGUCUCUGAAGAGGAGGUUCCCCCUGAGCAGCAGCACUGUGAGCAGGAGUGGAGCCCCAGUCUGGGACAGAAGGACCCAGAGACCAAACAGAUUAAAGAGGAACAGGAGGAAGUCAGGACCAGUCAGGAGGAAGAGCAGCUUCAAGGGGUGGAGCCUGAUAUCAUAGAGUUCAUAUUUACUCCUCCUAUUGUGAAAAGUGAAUGUGAUCUGGAGGACCCACGUCAAGAUCCCAUACUUGCUGAACACCCAACUCUCCUGAAAAUGUCUAAACUACAGUCAUUUCAAGAUUUUUUAAAUGAGCGUUUAACGGCGUUUGCUGCUGUGGAGAUUUCUGGGGCAUUUGCGAAAGCAGUAGCGGAGUACCAGGAAGAGAAUGAUCUGCUACGGAGACUGCUGCGGAUCACACCGGAGAUUAAACUUUGUAGAAUGGGUUCGUAUGUAGAUCUACUAGAAUCCCUGCAGCUCUCUGUCUCUGAAGAGGAGGUUCCCCCUGAGCAGCAGCACUGUGAGCAGGAGUGGAGCCCCAGUCUGGGACAGAAGAACCCAGAGACCAAACAGAUUAAAGAGGAACAGGAGGAAGUCAGGACCAGUCAGGAGGAAGAGCAGCUUCAAGGUCUAGAGCCUGAUAUCAUGAAGUUCAUAUUCACUCCUUCCUGUGUGAAAAGUGAAUGUGAUCUGGAGGACCCACUUUGGUCCUUGACUCUUCCCCAAACCCAGACUGUGGAGAACAGAGAGAGAGACUCUAAACCAGUGGAUCUCAAACCUUUUGUCACUGUGAACCACAUUAAGGGUCUCAACAUUCCCUGUGACCCUCCAGAUAAUCAAAAUAAUGCCUCCAGACGCAGCUCAGCCGUAAGCAGCUACACAGUAGAACUUGACAGUAGUCCACCAUUGGAUCCCAGUCCACCAUUUGAAAAACACUGUUCCAAACCCAGCACCACAUCUAGAAGAACUCACCACUGCCGUGACUGUGGUGAAACAUUUGCUAAAAAAGCUGACCUGAAGAGACAUGUGACUCUCACCAAGAACAGACCCAGUGAAUGUCGGUUCUGCAAGAAAAGUUUCAACUCCACCUGUAAACUGAAGGCCCAUGUCCGACUCUGUCACAGUGGGAAACCCUGUGUCUGCCCUGUUUGUGGAAUGACCUUCAAACAAAAAGGAGCUCUGUCCAAUCACAUGAGAAUUCACACAGGAGAGAAACCAUUUAGCUGCAGUGACUGUGGGAAAAGCUUCAAUCGGAAGAUGAGCCUAACUGAACAUAAACUGACUCACACAGGAGAGAAACCAUUUAGCUGUGGUGACUGUGGGAAAAGCUUCAAUCGGAUGGGGCACCUAAACAUGCACAAAGUGACUCACACAGGAGAGAAACCAUUUAGCUGUGUUGAUUGCGGGAAAAGCUUCAAUCGAAAGGGGCACCUAACCAUGCACAAACUGAUUCACACAGGAGAGAAACCAUUUAGCUGUGAUGACUGUGGGAAAAGCUUCAAUCGGAAGGGGCACCUAACCAUGCACAAUCUGACUCACACAGGAGAGAAACCAUUUACCUGUGGUGACUGUGGGAAAAGCUUCAAUCGGAAGGGGCACCUAACCAUGCACAAAGUGACUCACACAGGAGAGAAAGCAUUUAGCUGUUGUGACUGUGGGAAAAGCUUCAAUCAGAAAGGGGACCUAAGGAGGCACAAACUAAUUCACACAGGAGAGAAACACCAUGGCUGCUCAGUCUGUGGUAAAAGAUUCACUCAGAAGACGAAUCUGCUGAGGCAUGUGGAUAAAGUCCACAAAGGAAAGAAACAGGACAGAAACAACACGGAAGUAGGAUUGGUAACGAGUUUUUAUUGUUCCUUGUGUGCAGUAAAGAAAGACAUACUUACUAAACUAAAUAGGCUACCCAUCUCUAAUUUUAUUAAAAUGUCUAAACUACAGAUGUUGUGUGUGUUUUUAAAUGAGCGUUUAUCGGCGGCUGCUGUGGAUAUUUUUGGUGCAGUUGAGAAAACGGUAGGAGAAUACCAGGAGGAGAAUGAUCGGCUACGGAGACUGCUGCGGAGGACACCGGAGACACAACUAUGUCGAAUAGAACCCGUGCAGCUCUCUGUCUCUGAAGAGGAGGUUCCCCCUGAGCAGCAGCACUGUGAGCAGGAGUGGAGCCCCAGUCUGGGACAGAAGGACCCAGAGACCAAACAGAUUAAAGAGGAACAGGACGAAGUCAGGACCAAUCAGGAGGAAGAGCAGCUUCAAGGGGUGGAGCCUGAUAUCAUAGAGUUCAUAUUUACUCCUCCUAUUGUGAAAAGUGAAUGUGAUCUGGAGGACCCACGUCAAGAUCCCAUACUUGCUGAACACCCAACUCUCCUGAAAAUGUCUAAACUACAGUCAUUUCAAGAAUUUUUAAAUGAGCGUUUAACAGCGUUUGCUGCUGUGGAGAUUUCUGGGGCAUUUGCUAAAAUGAUAGUGGAGUACCAGGAGGAGAAUGAUCGGCUACGGAGACUGCUGCAGAGGACACCAGAGAUACAGCUAUGUAGAAUAGACUCCCUGCAGCUUUCUGUCUCUGAAGAGGAGGUUCCCCCUGAGCAGCAGCACUGUGAGCAGGAGUGGAGCCCCAGUCUGGGGCAGAAGGACCCAGAGACCAAACAGAUUAAAGAGGAACAGGAGGAAGUCAGGACCAAUCAGGAGGAAGAGAAGCUUCAAGGGGUGGAGCCUGAUAUCAUAGGGUUCAUAUUCUCUCCUUCCUGUGUGAAAAGUGAAUGUGAUCAGGAGGACCAAACCCAGACUGAGGAGAACAGAGAGAGAGACUCUAAACUAGUGGAUCUCAAACGUUCUGGCACUGUGACCCACCUAAAGGGUCUCUACAUUCCCUGUGACCCUCCAGAUAAUCAAAACUAUGCCUCCAGCCGCAGCUCAGCCGUAAGCAGGGACACAGUAGGACUUGACAGUAGUCCACCAUUGGAUCGAAACCCACCAAUGGGGGAACAUUGUUCCAAACCCAGCACCACGCCUAGAAAAACUCACAGCUGCCGUGACUGUGGUGAAAUGUUUGCUCUGAAAGCUGACCUGCAGAGACAUGUGACUCUCACCAAGAAGAGACCCAGUGAAUGUCGGUUCUGCAAGAAACGCUACAACUCCACCUGUAAACUGAAGGCCCACGUCCGACUCUGUCACAGUGGUAAACCCUGCACCUGCCCUGUUUGUGGAAAGAUCUUCAAACAAAAAGGGCAUCUGUCCAGGCACAUGAGGAUUCACACAGGAGAGAAACCAUUCAGUUGUGGUGACUGUGGGAAAAGCUUCCGUCUGAAGGGGCAUCUAACCAGGCACAAACUGAUUCACACAGGGGAAAAUCCAUUUAGCUGUGGUGAUUGUGGGAAAAGAUUCAGUCUCAAGCAGCAUCUCACCAGGCACAAACUGAUUCACACAGGAGAGAAACCUUUUAGCUGUGGCGACUGCGGGAAAAGCUUCAAUCUCAAGAAGACACUAACUGAACAUAUACGGACUCACACAGGAGAGAAACCUUUUAGCUGUGGUGAUUGUGGAAAAAGCUUUAGUGUCAAGAAGACACUAAUUGAACAUAUACGGACUCACACAGGAGAGAAGCCAUAUAGCUGUGGUGACUGUGGGAAAAGCUUCAGUGUCAAUAGGAACCUAACUAAGCACAAACUGACUCACACAGGAGAGAAACAACAUGGCUGCUCAGUCUGUGGUAAAAGAUUCAUUCAGAAGACUAAUCUGCUGAGGCAUGUCAAAAACAACCACAAAGAAUGAAAACAAGACAAAGGAACAAAGAAAGUAAAUGAGGACAUAGACACAGAGAAGGGACUAAGAGAGUAUUGAGAUACACCCAAGAUCCCCUGUGGACCAACUGAGGACAUAGACACAGAGAGGGGACUAAGAGAGUAUUGAGAUACACCCAAGAUCCCCUGUGGACCAACUGAGGACAUAGACACAGAGAGGGGACUAAGAGAGUAUUGAGAUACACCCAAUAUCCCCUGUGGACCAACUGAGGACAUAGACACAGAGUGGGGACUAAGAGAGUAUUGAGAUACACCCAAGAUCCCCUGUGGACCAACUGAGGACAUAGACACAGAGUGGGGACUAAGAGAGUAUUGAGAUACACCCAAGAUCCCCUGUGGACCAACUGAGGACAUAGACACAGAGUGGGGACUAAGAGAGUAUUGAGAUACACCCAAGAUCCCCUGUGGACCAACUCUAACUGGUUCUCCUGAUCCUGCUCAGUCCAAUAUCACAGUAAUUAUAUAAUGUGGCUGUUGUCUGAACAGGUAAUGUUGCUGCUCUUUGUGUAGGAAAUGGACAAUCUGCAGUUCAGACAACCACCAGUUUUUAGGUGAACAACUGGGAGAUGGUGUUGGAGAGUUGUAAACACUCACAUUCAUAGACGGAUAUCAAAUUUGCCUGUUGCGACUUCGUUCCUUAAAGGAAGCAUCAGAGGUGUUCUCUACAAUGCAAGAUUUAGUCAGCUAGAGAUUUAGUCAGCUAGAGAUUUAGUCAGCUAGAGAUUUAGUCAGCUAGAGAUUUAGCCAGCUAGAGAUUUAGUCAGCUGGAGAUUUAGUCAGCUAGAGAUUUAGUCAGCUGGAAAUUUAGUCAGCUGGAAAUGUAGUCAGCUAGAGAUUUAGUCAGCUAGUUAACUAAAUAAACGUUGUAUGGAGAAAGAGAGAAACACCAAAUGGGCGAGGUCUAAUUGACUCAACGACCAAACAACGUAAGUAAGUGUAGAUUUCUUAAUGAACCAGAGGAUCUCUAGGUAUUUCUGGUUGAUUGUCAAAGUGAUCUGUUUCAUUGACCCCCCUCUGCAGUUCAAACAAGAACAAAGUGGGAAACCUGCCACUGUUUUGGUAAACAACUGAGGGAAAGGGUUGGAGAAAUGUAAAUAUUCAGACACAUCUUUGGAUGCCAGGACUGAUCACCCAUGAGAUCAAAAUAAUAGUUUUAAACAUAUUAUGUGGCUAUGCAGUGUUUGGUUGACAUUUUAGGUUCAUAUGUUUUGUGUUCUGAUGGGGGGUAUGACUGUCCAAAGUCCAAAAUUCGAUGUACCAAUCACAGAUUGCCCCUUAAAACCCCCUAGAGUUGAUUGACAGUUACAUCACAGGGCGACGUCAUUUUGAAUAUAGAAUAUCUCCCUGUGUAUUUAUUAUCGUGGUUGCUGCUCAAUCCCCUUUCCUCUUUCCGCCGACAUGAAGUGUGCAGCUAUUCAAUAACACGGAUCGUGAAAGAGGCCUUUUUCUACACAGGAGAAGCUCUGGACAAGAAAAUAUUCACAGAAUCAUGUGUUUUAAAAAUCCCAAACCGUUGGUGCUACAAACUAAUGUCACCAAUGUCGAAAAGGAGAGACUUUGUUUGGUUGGCUCUAUGACAUCUACAAGUUUUAAGUGUCCUCUGAACUCUGUCACGGACUACGUCGUUUCCAAGGGGUGUCACAAAAACCGACUGUCCCGACCAAACCGUUGGUGCUACAAACAAAUGUCACCAAUAUUCAGUGGUGUAAAGUACUUAGAUAAAAGUACUUUAAAGUAUUAAUUCAGUUUUUUUUUUUUUGGGGGGGGUAUCUGUACUUAGAUAAAAGUACUUUAAAGUAUUUAUUCAGUUUUUUGGGGGGGGGGUAUCUGUACUUAACUUUACUAUUUAUAUUUUUUGACAACUUUUACUUCACUACAUUCCUAAUGAAAAUAAUGUUCAAAUUCACGCACUUAUCAAGAGAACACGUGGUCAUCCCUACUGCCUCUGAUCUGGCAGACUCACUAAAUAUAAAUGCGUUGUUUGUAAAUAAUGUGGGAGUGUCGGAGUGUGGGAGUGUCGGAGUGUGGGAGUGUCAGAGUGUGGGAGUGUCGGAGUGUGGGAGUAUCGGGGUGUGGGAGUGUCGGGGUGUGGGAGUGUCGGAGUGUCGGGGUGUGGGAGUGUGGGAGUGUCAGAGUGUGGGAGUGUUGGGGUGUCGGAGUGUACCCGUGACUAUCCGUAAAUUUUUUAAACUAGGAAAUGGUGUCGUCUGCUUUGCUUAGUAAAAGGAAUUUGAAAUGAUUUAUACUUUUACCUUUGAUACGUAAGUAUAUUUAGAACCAAAUACUUUUACUUUUACUCAAGUGGUAUUUUACUGGGUGACUUUCACUUUUUACUUGAGUCAUUUUCUAUCAAGGUAUCUUUACUUUUACUCAAGUAUGACAACUGGGUAUUUUUUCCACCUCUGCCAAUAUUGAAAACUCACGAAUGCGAAGGUGUCGGUUGUUGUGCUUUACAACAAGCUCCAGAGGAGUCGUCUGAAGGUAACCCAGGUAACCCAGGUAACCCAGUACCAGGCUGUAUAAUGUGUAAAAAUCAAGAAAAACCCAUGAAUGAGUAGGCGUGUCCAAACGUUUGACCUGUACUGUAUAUACACACACAUACGUAUUCAGACCCCUCAACUUUCUCCACAUUCUGUUACGUUACAGCCUUAUUCUAAAAUGGUUUUAAAUAGAUGUAUUUUCUCACACAAUACCCCAUAAUGACAUCACAAUACCCCAUAAUGACAUCACAAUACCCCACAAUGACAUCACAAUACCCCAUAAUGACAUCACAAUACCCCACAAUGACAUCACAAUACCCCACAAUGACAUCACAAUACCCCACAAUGAGAUCACAAUACCCCAUAAUGACAUCACAAUACCCCACAAUGACAUCACAAUACCCCAUAAUGACAUCACAAUAUCCCACAAUGACAAAGCAAAAAUAGGUUUAGACAUUUUUGCAAAUGUAUAAAUACCUUAUUUACAUAAGUAUUCCGACCCUUUGCUAUGAGACGUAACAUUGAGGUGUAUCCUGUUUCUAUUGAUCAGCCUUGAGAGGUUUCUACUACUUGGUUUGAGUCCACCUGUGGUAAAUUCAACUGUUUGGACAUGAUUUGGAAAGGCACACACCUAUCUACAGUACCAGUCAAAAGUUUGGACACACCUACUCAUUGAAGGGUUUUUCUUUAUUUCACGAACCGGCUCAAAGCCCGUAACAAAGGGAGACAACGUCCCAAAUUGACACAGCCUCUGCGUCCCAAAUUGACACAGCCUCUGCGUCCCAAAUUGACACAGCCUCUGCGUCCCAAAUUGACGAGGGGUUAUGUAUUCACACCUCUACCUGCACCAACCAACCUCCUCCCCAGACCUCAGCAACCUUUGCGCAUAGGAAGCAAUAUUUAAGAGGAAAGAAAACAAGACCAGGAGGGAACAGACAGGAAAGAUAGACGACAACCCCAACCAAUGGUCAGUCACGUAACAUGGCACAAAAGACCACAACAGCUACAAACUCCAACGAAACGAACAUCAGGGUCCUUAAUUUUUACAACUCCCAACGAUUCAUAGUCACUUCCAACGAUUCAUAGUCACUCCCAACGAUUCAUAGUCACUCCCAACGAUUCAUAGUCACUUCCAACGAUUCAUAGUCACUUCCAACGAUUCAUAGUCACUUCCAACGAUUCAUAGUCACUUCCAACGAUUCAGUCACUCCCAACGAUUCAUAGUCACUCCCAACGAUUCAUAGUCACUCCCAACGAUUCAUAGUCACUUCCAACGAUUCAUAGUCACUUCCAACGAUUCAUAGUCACUUCCAACGAUUCAUAGUCACUCCCAACGAUUCAUAGUCACUUCCAACGAUUCAUAGUCACUUCCAACGAUUCAUAGUCACUUCCAACGAUUCAUAGUCACUUCCAACGAUUCAUAGUCACUUCGCACGAUUCAUAGUCACUUCCAACGAUUCAUAGUCACUUCCAACGAUUCAUAGUCACUUCCAACGAUUCAUAGUCACUUCCAACGAUUCAUAGUCACUUCCAACGAUUCAGUCACUUCCAACGAUUCAUAGUCACUUCCAACGAUUCAUAGUCACUUCCAACGAUUCAUAGUCACUUCCAACGAUUCAUAGUCACUUCCAACGAUUCAUAGUCACUUCCAACGAUUCAUAGUCACUUCCAACGAUUCAUAGUCACUUCCAACGAUUCAUAGUCACUUCCAACGAUUCAUAGUCACUUCCAACGAUUCAUAGUCACUUCCAACGAUUCAUAGUCACUCCCAACGAUUCAUAGUCACUCCCAACGAUUCAUAGUCACUUCCAACGAUUCAUAGUCACUUCCAACGAAACAGAAUCACUAAUUUCAAUCAUUUAACCUUGUAGUGUUCAGCCAUCUUCAACAGCUGUUCUUUAGUACAUAAUUCUAACAGCCCCUCUGAUGGAAAGCGAAUGAACUUGUGUACAUGAGACACCAUAGUCAUAAGUAAAUAAUCUUGCUCAACCCCUCUGCUGAGCACAUCAGACCACAACCAGAGAAAUGACAAUCACCCUGAUCACCACAGAAGAGAGAUGAGAUACGGAGCUUCCCCAAACCUACAAUAACUCAACCCUAGUCUUCGUGCAGAUUUGCAGUGGGAAUUUACGCACUGUAGCCCGCUGGCAAGGAAAAACUCCCCAGCAUGCUGGCAAAUUCCACCAAGCCACGGAUGUGCCCCCGAGACAACUGCUCAGUCCACAGACACCACACAAGAAUAACAAACAUUUAACCAUGCCAAACAUGUCCAAAAAUGAAACACGUCGCGUUGUCGAAACACACAAGCCUAUCAGGGGUAAAAGGCUAUAGCUCCAGGUAGCAAGUUCCACUACCCUACCCAAAUCUCCCACCGAGGUACACAGCCGAUUUACUCACCUCCUCAGACUGACUUCCCAACAGAAAGCAGAACAAGAGUUCAGGCUAGGCAGGGCCUGGAAACUAACCAUUAUCUCUCUCCAACACAGCACACAAACCAAGCAGCAAAAGCAACCAAUACUGGGCCUAUCAAACACAAUAUGCAAACCAAACACGUACCUCCACGGUCUCCCAAACCAAUAGUUCAAAGAUCCCGGAUGAGCCCCCACUUGUCACGAACCGGCUCAAAGCCCGUAACAAAGGGAGACAACGUGGAGAUAAGGAGUAACAAAAUAUAUAUUUAUUAACCAAAGCAACUAAGGAAAAUAUACAAUGGUGUGUGUAAUCAGUAAUCAGUAGUGUAAGUGAGUGUUUUGCAGGCAUGAAUGUGAUAAUGCAGGGUGUUGAAAGGUGCCAAUGCAAACAAACAAAAGGCCACCAAGAACCACAACACAAUCUACAAAGGUGUCUGCAUGGAGAGUCUCCUCCAUGAAUGUGGAAGAGGUCUAUUUAUCCUGGGACACACCUGGCCCAGGUGUUUCCCAUGUAGCUGACGACCCUCCCCAACUCCGCCCACCGGCAUCCUAACAAGGAAACAAGAACAAAGACAGAAUACGGCAGACAGAGUGGGAGGGUUGUCACAUUUAUUUUCACUAUUUUCUACAUUGUAGAAUAAUAGCGACAUACCUGACCUGUGCAGCGACAUACUCAACCCAAAUGAAAUGGUUUUGGAUGAGUUGGAGAGCGGAGUGAAGGAAAAGCAGCCAACAAGUGCUCAGCACAUGUAGGAACACCUUCAAGACUGUUGGAAAAGCAUUCCAGGUGAAGCUGGUUGAGAGAAUGCCAAGAGUGUGCAAAGCUGUCAUCAAGGCAAAAGGUGGCUACUUUGAAGAAUCUCAUCUCAACUGUAUUUUGAUUUGUUUAAAACUUUUUUUGGUUUGCUACGUGAUUUCAUAUGCAUUAUUUCAUAGUUUUGAUUCUACAAUGUAGAAAAUAGUAAAAAUGUAGAGAAACCCUUGAAUGAGUAGGUGUGUCCAAACCUUUGACUGGUACUGUAUAUAAGGUCCCACAGGUGCAUGCCAGAGCAAAAACCAAGCCAUGAGGUUGAAGAAAUUGUCUGUAGAGCUCCGAGACAGAAUUGUGUCGAGGCACAGAUCUGGGGAAGGGUGCCAAAACAUUUCUGCAGCAUUGAAGGUCCACAAGAACACAGUGGCCUCCAUUAUUAUUAAAUGGAAGAAGUUUGGAACCACCAAGACUCUUCAUAGAGCUAGUUUCACGGCCAAACUGAGCAAUCGGGUGAGAAGGGCCUUGGUCAGGGAGGUGUCGAAGAAACCGAUGGUCACUCUGACAGAGCUCCAGAGUUCCUCUACGGAGAUGAGAGAACCUUCCAGAAGGACAACCAUCUCUGCAGCACUCCACCAAUCCGGCCUUUAUGGUAGAGUAGCCAGACGGAAGCCACUCCUCAGUAAAAGGCACAUGACAUGAUAGUCCACUUGGAGUUUGUCAAAAGACACGUAAAGGACUCUCAGACCAUGAGAAACAAGAUUCUCUGGUCUGAUAAAACCAAGAUUGAACUCUUUGGCCUGAAUGCCAAGUGUCAUGUCUGGAGGAAACCUGGUACCAUCCCUACGGUGAAGCUUGGUGGUGGCAGCAUUAUGCUGUGGGGAUGUUUUUCAGCAGCAGGGACUGGGAGACUAGUACAGUGAGAUCCUUGAUGAAAACCUGCUCCAGAGCACAGGGGAAAAGGUUCACCUUCCAACAGGACCCUAAACACACAGCCAAGAUAAUGCAGAGGUGGCUUCGGGACAAGUCUCUGAAUGUCCUUGAGGGGCCCAACCAGAGCCCGGACUUGAACCUGAUCGAACAUCUCUGGAGAGACCUGAAAAUAGCUGUGCAGCAACGCUCCCCAUCCAACCAGACAGGGCUUGAGAGGUUCUGCAGAGAAGAAUGGGAGAAACUCCCCAAAUACAGGUGUGACAAGCUUGUAGCGUUAUACCCAAGAAGACUCGAGGCUGUAAUCGCUGCCAACGAUGCUUCAGCAAAGUACUGAGUAAAGGGUCUGAAUACUUAUGUUACGGAUACCAGUAUCCUGUGUGUGUAUCCUGUGUUCUUUUCUCUCCUUCUCCCCUCACAGGUGAAAAUCAUCACUCCCCAAUCAGUCACCAAUCCAAUCAUCAAUCAGAAGACACACCUCCUCCUGUUUCCGACCCUAUCACAGUUCCUUUCCCUUGGUUUAAAAACCCUGUCAGUUGUUUGCUGUAGAGCUCUAUCUCUCUGUAAAUGCCAUGUCUGUAGAUCUCUCUGUUUCACUCUCUUUAUGUAUUGAGCUAUCUUUUGUUUGAGCACUUUGUCAUCACCUGUGAGUAUUGUUUUGGUUAUGGUGUUUGUGUUUGAUUGCUGGUGGGAAAAGAGGAAACCAAGACAAGUCGCCCAUGGGCAUACACUACCCGUAGGUAGACUUUGUUAAAUACACUAGUUAGAACUGGGCGGACCACCCACUGUAUUUUUGGUUAGUUAGUUAGCUGUUGUUAAAGUAGGCUAGUCUAGCUUAGGGGUGGUUUUGAAUACUUAUUGUUUCUUUCCUUGGGUCCAGCUCAGCCCCUUUUCCUGCUCCCCCCAUUACCGUGUGUUUAUUAAUAAACCUUGAG